AUGUGGCCGCCGCGGGUUUCGUCCCAUGGUUCAGACGGGGCCACUGGGCACAACCUCAAUUGGGGCGGCUACCGUGGUGAGCUGGUCCCGGGGUAUCAACACUUGUUGCAUGCCGCAGCCGCCGCUGACGAGAGUUGGCAGUUCAGCGCUGAAGUCCAGGAUCUCGCGGCAAGCGACAAGCAUGGCCAACUGUGCCCUGUGGCAGGAGCAAGCUGCUUUGCCCUGACGAAUGCCACUGGGGGCACAUGGCUGUUUCUGGGGAAUCCCGCCACUAUCACAGCUCGUGACCUUGAGGGCUUGUUCCCUUUGCCUUGUGCGGCGUUGGCCGGCCAACGCUGCGGGUCCAGCGUCAAAGUGACUGCGGCACAUGGGAAGGACGGCCUCCUCUGUUAUGAGGUCCUGAAUGGACAUGGCAGUAAGUGCCCGGGGCCUUUAAUCGAGCUCCGCUCGGCCACCAAUUCGACGGAGCCUGUCCCCGAAGUGGCGCGCAUUGAAAGCGUUUGGGGCAUGCAGCCGCCCCACGACGACCACUAUAGUGAAGGCGGUUAUGGGAGCGAUCGGGGUCAUGCUACGAACACGGCGGAGCCCAUCCCGGGCACGGCGGACAACAUGCCCACGAUUCUGGGCACCACGGCGGGCAUGGGUACGGUGGUGGCACACCCUAUAGGCCACGGGGAUGGCUAUGGGCAAACGGACAUGGACAAGCGUUACCCUGCACAGGCGGCCGGCGGACAGGAGCUGGAUCUGAGUCUUGCCUUGUGGAACGUGGUGGUGGCCAUGAUUUUCCUUGCCUUCGCCGUGACCAGCAACACGGAUUUGUGGUUGGUGUUGAUCCACACGCAAUCCCUUCGUGAUAUGGUCACCGUGAUAGAUGCAGUGAGGACUUUGCUUGCUGUGUUUCUCGCUUUCUGGGUGGCCAUUUUCGCACUUUGGGCUGUGAUGGAAGAUUCGCUGGCUGUGGUGCAGAAUUGUCUCGGGACCGCCACUCUAAUGCACUAUUCAAGGGAGCUGGUGAUCGCGGCGACAGUAGCACUCUUGCUGUUGUGGGCCCUUGAUGGCCUCAUGCGCCUGGUUGGAUUUGCUGGAAUGCACCGCGCUGUUCCGGUGCUCGGGCAUGGGGGUUUGCCGAAUGCGCCGGCCCUCUCGGGGGUCAUAUACACAGACUCGGCCUAUGUUGCGAGUGGGGCCUGGCGACUUUUGCAUGACCAUGCUGGUCUCCCCAAGAGCAAUGGGGACCUCUGGAAGCUCCUUUCACUUGCGGUCGACGCCAUGCCGGCUGGCAGCCUUGGUGUUCGUCAUGUUUCUGGUCACCUUGAUGCCAAUUCUUGCGAUGACCCCAUCGAUGAGUGGGCAGCCCGGCUGAGCUUGACAUGCAACGUCGUUUGGAUCAGCUUAUCCGGCUACACCUUGACAUUGCUGAACAGCUCAGCAAACAUCCCGCUCCGUAUCGCCUGGAUGUCGAUGAUGAACUCGAAGCA